AUGUAUACAGCUCUUUUUCGGCAAGCCAGACCGAAAUCAUUACUAACCAGCACACUACGUACCUGUCUAAAACCUAGAAUGGAAGCGUCUUCGAAGACUUAUGUUGGCGGUGCGCCGGAAACAUCAGGAGAUCACAGUGAACUUGCAGGUUCUCAGCUAAUAUCAGAGGCAUUGAAAAAGCAGGGUGUUGAGUAUAUUUUUGGCGUAGUUGGUAUUCCAAUCAUUGAAGUUGCUUUUGCUGCUCAACAAUCGCAAAUAAAAUUCAUCGGAAUGCGAAAUGAACAAUCGGCGUCCUAUGCAGCAUCGGCUAUCGGUUAUCUGACAGGAAAGCCAGCAGUAUGUUUGACUGUGUCAGGGCCUGGUCUUAUUCAUGCUCUUGGCGGAAUGGCCAAUGCACAAGUGAAUAAAUGGCCAAUGGUGGUUAUAUCGGGAUCAUCAGAUCAACCCCAAGAAUCAAUGGGAGCAUUUCAAGAAUUUCCUCAAGUAGAAGCAGCGCGACUCUACUCGAAAUAUGCUGCACGUAUCGCCUCGCUUGAUCGUGUUCCAUUUUUCGUCGAAAAAGCAGUACGUUCGUCUGUCUAUUCACCAUCGGGUGUAAGUUAUCUUGAUAUUCCCGGUGAACUUGUAACUUCUACUAUUAAUACAAGUCAAGUUGAGCAAGUACCGAAAUAUCGCGCACCACCGAAGCCGGCUGCUUCUUCGGAGUCACUCCAAGAAUUUAUGAGUUUACUUCAACAAAGUCAAAAGCCACUUGUCAUUGUUGGAAAAGGCUGUUCGUACGGCGUCGCCGAGCAAGAGGCAAAGAGAUUUAUUGAGCAAUAUAAUUUACCAUUCCUCGCUACACCUAUGGGAAAAGGAACACUUGAUGAUCGUCAUCCAUUAUCUGUUGGUGCAGCACGCUCGACAGCAUUAAAAGAUGCUGAUUGCAUCAUUUUACUUGGAGCUCGUUUGAAUUGGAUGCUGCAUUUCGGUAAACCGCCCCGUUUUGAUCCCAACGUAAAAGUUAUUCAGAUCGAUACGGACACGCGUGAAUUACAUAACAACCUACAAAGUGCAUUGGCCAUUCAAGCCGAUCUUCAAACAGUACUAAAACAACUUGUCGAAGGUGGUACGAAAUGGAAAUAUGAUGGCGCAACGCCAUGGUGGAAUUUACUUAAAAAGAAAUUAGCUGCUAAUAAACAGCGAAGUGAUGCUCUUAUUCAUUCCAAAGAAAGUGCAAUGCUCAAUUAUUAUUCUGCAUUUGAUGCAAUUCAAUCCAUUAUUCCGCAAGAUGCAAUUAUUGUUAGUGAAGGUGCAAAUACAAUGGAUAUUGGACGAACUAUGCUGUUGAAUUCCAAAGCACGUCAUCGACUUGAUGCUGGCACAUUCGGUACUAUGGGUGUUGGACCGGGUUUUGCUAUUGCAGCUGCCGUCUAUUGUCAAGAUCAUGAGCCUGGUAAACGUGUUGUUUGCGUUGAAGGUGACAGUGCAUUUGGUUUCAGUGCUAUGGAAUUCGAAACUGCCGCUCGCUAUAAUCUUCCGAUUAUAUUCAUCAUUAUUAAUAACGGUGGCAUCUACGCUGGUGUUGAUUCGGAAUCUUUUCAAGACAUGGCUCGUCAGGAUGCGGCUUUGAAUCUUCCGCCAACAUCAUUAAUGCAAGCCCAUUAUGAACGAAUUGCUGGUGCUUUUGGUUGCCAAGGUUAUCUGGCACGUUCGUUGGAUGAGGUGAAGAAAAGCGUGCAAUCCGCAUUGGCUGAAAAGACUCGUCCAUCGAUUAUUAACGUUUUUAUCGAGCCAUCAUCCGGUCGUGUUCAACAGGAACAUGGCUGGCUUACCCGUUCCAAAAUGUGA